CGCCGCCGGGGGGAUUAAUUUGUCUGGGGUACCGGCCUUGCUCCAGAGAGCUGUACCGGACAUCGUAUUCCUUGUGCGGCCGAUGCUUCAGAUGGUCUGAGAACGUGUUGGAUUGCCAGCGACUGUGCGCUACUUGUCUCGCUGGUGGCCGUUGCGACUGCGACUGCUGCGCUCCCGGCCUCCCCCCCGGGGGGCCUGCUCCUUGCCUACGCCUGGCCGCCAGCCAGGCAGCCGCCAGCGGCCGACCCAGGCGGCGCGGGGGGCCCCGAGGAGGAUCGCAUCCUGGGCUCUCUGGGCCCUGCGGGCAGCACCGAUGGGCGGCCGCCGCGGGCGCCGCUCGCGCCUGCCCGCUGCCGCGGCGGCCUGCGCCGCGGCCGCCGCCGCGUCGGCGGCCGAGGCCUUCAGCGCGCCGCCCCAGGGCGCUCCGCCCCGCGCGGCGGGCCCGGCGCCGCGCCUCGGGCCGCGCCCGCCGCGCCAGCCGGGGGCGACGGGCCUGGCCGCGUCGCCCGUGCCGUUCACGCUGCUGGGCCUGACGUCGGAGCAGCUGCUCCCGGUGCAGAUCGCGGGGCUGCUGAGCUGGGCUCUGCUGGUGUUCUUCCCCGGGUGGAAAGGCACAAAGAGUCUUGCCCUCCUGGGCCCCGUGUUCUUCGCACUGAUCUACGCGGCGGCGAUCGUGCACAGCAUCCGGGGCCCGGUGUGCUUGUCCCUGGAAGCCUUCUUGUCAGGGAAGGCGUUCGCCGGCUGGCUGCACUGCUGCGCCUUCGAUCCCCUGGUGGGGCUGGGCGAGGUGCUCGACGCACGCAUAAAGCGCGUGCCGCAUCUGCUCGUUGUGCCGUGCUUGGUGCUGACGUGCUGUUUCGGGCCCGUGGGCUUUUUGGCUUACCUGCUCGUGAGGUCGGUGUGGCUGCUUGGCCGGUGGUCGUUUAGCCCCCGUGGCGUGAGGGGCUUCCUGCUGAGGAAGUGGCGUGAGACACGAAGCCAGAGGUAGACCAGUGCCUCGUUCUUCCAGAUCUUCCAGAGGCCCAGAGGAAGGCCAGGCUAGGGGUAGAGGUAACCAGAUUUUCCAUACCCUCUCCAGAUUGGAACAAGGUAGCGCAGUCAUUGGCGUAAUCGUCACCAUCACCGUCACCAC